CAGCUGGAUCGUAACUCGAGCGAUUUUGUGGCGACGGAAUUCAAGCCUACUAGCACAGGAUAAGGCUUCUGUUAUACAGUGCAGUGCUACUCGGGUUAUCAGGGUACUGGGAUUUGAUUCAUCCUGCAGUACCGUUUGAAAAGGUAACGAGAUCGGAGCUGGAGAUACCAUAAGACGGCCCGAAUUGACAUAAAUACGUCUGACUAUCCCCAAUCCAACCUCGGAUUUGGACUCAUCACGACCCCAGGCUUUGUCUGUUUUUGCACAGUUCGAUCAGUGAUACACUCUUGCAACCCAAUCAUUCAAAAUGAAGAUCGCAACUUCUUUCGUCAUGGCCUUUGCCUCCUUGGCUGCUUGUGCUCCCAUCGUCGCAAAGGUUAGUCCGUCUUUCCUUCUCCCAAAUCCAAUACACCUGCUGACUACAAUUAAAUACACAGAAAGCAACCAUCGUGGAUCCCAUCUCCGUCCAGAAGCGUGACGAGACCGACAGCGACGUUGUCUUCGCCG